UGUCGAUCAACUGCCUCGGGCCACAAGGAGCGCAUUCAAUCGCCCUCCGAGUCGACGGGGAAGACUUCUGAAAGAGAUAACGAUCUGCGCACGCACGUGCCCAAGCGACGAGCGCGCGAAACGUUAACGUCCAACUCGCCGGCCACCACGCUUGAUACCAACCGUUCCCGGGGCUGGAUCACCAAGAUACCCUCCUCUCCAUUAAAUAUAUAGAGACAGAAUGUCCUCGUUCUUUGGCCUCGGCAAGACGCGCACGUUCAAGCCGCGCAAGGACGUGCCCGAGGGCACGAGGCAGUACCAACUGCGCAAAUAUGCCGAAGCGACACUCGGCUCAGGCAACCUCCGCCUCGCGGUGAAGCUCCCGGAGGGCGAGGAUGAGGAUGAGUGGCUGGCGGUGCACGCGGUGGACUUUUUCAACCAUUUGAACAUGUUGUACGGGACGGUCACAGAGUUCUGCACGCCACAAGAGUGCCCGAUAAUGUCCGCAGGCCCACGAUACGAGUACCUCUGGGAAGAUGGCGUGCGAUACAAGCGGCCGACAAAGCUGCCCGCGCCAGAGUACGUCGACGCGCUCAUGAACUGGACACAGAGCUUGCUCGACAACGAGGAGGUGUUUCCGAACAAGAUCGGCGUGCCAUUCCGCAAGGGCUUCCACGACACGGUGCGCACGAUCUUCCGGCGGCUGUUCCGCGUGUAUGCGCACUUGUACAGCAACCAUUUUGACCACAUCUGUGCGCUGGGCAUCGAGGCGCACCUAAAUACGAGCUACCGGCAUUUCUUUCUCUUUGUGAACGAGUUCAACCUGGUAGACAAGAAGGAACUGGCACCUCUGGACGAGCUGAACGAUGCGAUUCUUGCGGAGGACAAGGGGCGGUAGUGUGUAGAUAUGUAGAAUUUCUUGACGUCGAUACCCUCUACUUUAGCUUGUACGAUAACAUGAUGUAUGCGGAGGAGAAACGGUCUAGGCCGCGUAGUCUCCUGCGUCAUUGGAACGGGCGUUGCAGGGCGAGCAUGAGGUUAAUGGGGAGGAACGAGGCAGGGGAGCGGAACGGGCGGGGACUCGAGGCGGCUCGCAGCGAUGGAACGAUCGCGUGCAUGACGCGACGCGUCUUGGGCCGGCGCUUGGCGUGUGCCGUCGGCUGAUCAACCC